AUGUUCUCCAUGUUACACUAAUAUUCUGUGGUAGUGGCUAACCAAAAUUUGCGGUUUUAACCUUAGUUCAAGCAUGGUAAUUUAGAUUAAGUUGAAUAAAGUGUGAAUUAUUUAUAUUGUCUGGAAAAUAUCGUAUUAUAAGAAGGCUCCAAAAUGGGGAAAAAAGCAAAAACUGGGAAAGCGCGUAAAGAUAAAUAUUAUCAGUUAGCAAAAGAAAGUGGAUUUCGAUCAAGAGCCGCCUUUAAAUUGAUUCAGUUAAACCGAAAGUUCGAGUUCUUACAAAAAUCACGAGUAUGUAUAGAUUUGUGUGCUGCCCCAGGAGGAUGGAUGCAAGUAGCAAAGCAAAAUAUGCCCUUAUCAAGCAUUGUUAUUGGGGUAGAUUUGUUUCCUAUUAAAAAUAUACCUGGAUGUAUAGGAUUAGUUGAAGAUAUUACAACUGAAAAAUGUAAAUCUGCAUUGACAAAAGAAUUACAGAGCUGGAAAGCCGAUGUGAUAUUGCACGAUGGUGCUCCUAAUGUAGGUAAAAGUUGGCUGCAUGAUUCUUUCCAGCAGGCGUGUUUGGCAUUAUCUGCCUUGAAGUUAUCAACACAAUUUUUAAGAAAAGGAGGAUGGUUUAUAACUAAAGUAUUCAGAUCUAAGGACUAUAACUCUCUUAUUUGGGUAUUGAAACAGCUUUUUAAAAAGGUACAUGCUACUAAACCACAAGCAUCACGUAAUGAAUCAGCCGAAAUAUUUGUUGUGUGUCAACAUUAUCUUGCUCCUGAUAAAGUUGACGCUAAAUUCAUGGAUCCAAAAUAUGUUUUCGAAGAACUGGAUAUUGAACCUAAAAAUGUGCUUAGUAUUUUUCAUCCUGCUAAGACAAAGAAAGAUAAGCCAGAUGGAUAUCCUGAAAAUGAUUAUACCUUGUAUCACAGGUUGAGUGUCGCAGACUUUAUUAAACAUGAAAAUGGGAUUGACUUGUUACAAUCUGUUUCUGAAAUAGUUUUUGAUGAUUCUGAAAUUUCUAACCAUGAAGAUACUACAAAUGAAAUUAAGGAAUGCUGUAAAGAUUUGAAAGUCUUGGGCAGAAAAGAAUUCAAGACACUGAUGACUUGGUGGAAAAAAUUACACGCGGAAUAUUUGGCAAAAACAAAAACUGAAAGUGAUGAUGAAGAACAACCAAAGGAUAAGUUAGUAGUAGAAGAAGAUACUAAAGACAGUAGUGAAGAUGAAUUGGAAAAGGUCGAUCAGCAAAUUCUUGAAUUGCAGGAAGAAGAUAAUAGAGAAUUGAAAAGAAAACGGAAGAAGGCACUCAAAGAACGAAAAAAACUGAAUGAUCGCCUCAAUUUGAAAAUGGUUCUCAAAGGUGAUAGUGGGCCUAAAGAAGAAGAAGAAGGUUUAUUCGAUCUGAAGGAAAUCAGCAGUAUGGUGAAAAUGAAUAAAAUUGUCGAUCAAACUCCUGAGGUUUUGGCUGAAUCCGAUGUAGAAAGUGACGAAGAACCUCAGCCAAAAUUCGUCAGAUAUUCUAAAGAAGAUAGUCAUCUAUCAAGCUCAGGAACUUAUUAUAAGGAUUCAGAUUCAGAACUAGAAAUGGAGAGCGAUGAAGAUGAAGAUGAUGAAGUAAAGGAAGGACUAGGCUUCAGUGAUUCAGAACAGUCAGACCAAGAGGAAAUUUCCAAACCUAAAAAGAAAGUAGCAUUCGUUGAAGACAAGGAACAUCCUUUGAUAACAGAUCUGGAUUAUCGUGACAAAGAACAAAAGAAAACUCAGAAAGCACAAAUGUGGUUCGAGCGAGAUAUAUUCAAGAACCUCAUUGGCGAAAAAGACGAGGAUGAAGAUAUUGAAAGGACUAUAACUGAAUAUAAAAAGCAAGGUGCCAAAGUGAUUGGAGAAGAUAGUGAUGAUGAAGAAGAUGGGCUUAAAAAGAGAGGUUUAAAAAGGAAACUGGAGAACAAAACACAAAAAAAUGGUUUGGAAAACUUUUCUGAUGAAUCCGAGGAAGAUUCGACUGAAAGUGAUACAGAUUCCGAUUAUGAUGUUGAGACGGCACAUCGACCAGUGAACAAUGCGAAAAAAGAUGGUUUUGAAAUUGUCAGUGGAGGAGGUGCACCUGUAGUUGGAAAGAAGAAGAAAUAUAAGUUGAAUGAAGAGGAAAUGGCUCUUGGGACUAUGAUGAUCAACAGUAAAAAGACCAAACGGGAUUUGAUGGAUGCCGCUUGGAAUAAAUAUGCAUUCAACGAUGAAAAUUUACCAGAUUGGUUCGUUAAGGAUGAGGAGAAAUACAUGAAAAUGGAAGUUCCAGUUCCGAAGGAUUUAGUGGACGACUACAAGAAGCGAUUGGAAGAGAUCAAUGUAAGACCAAUCAAGAAGGUCAUUGAAGCUAAAGCCAGAAAGAAGAAGAGGGCUCUCAGAAAAUUGGAAAAAGCGAAGAAGAAGGCUGAAGCUUUGAUGGAUAAUGUCGAUGUCACUGAUCGCGAAAAGGCUAAACAAGUUAAUCAACUAAUGAGAAAAGCCAAACAGGCACCCAAAAAAGAGGUCACUUAUGUUGUUGCUAAGAAACACAUGGCUGCAAAGAGAAUGAGAAGACCCGUAGGAGUCAAAGGUCAUUACAAGGUGGUUGAUGCUAGGAUGAAGAAGGAUUUGAGAGCUCAAAAGAAUAAACUCAAGACAAUGGGAAGAAGCAAAAAAGGAAAAGGUGGUGCGAAGACUCAUAACAGGCAGAAAAAAUCGAAAAAAAAUACUGGAGGUGCCUGAAUGAUGUAGUGAAGACUAUUUAUUGAAUCAAUUAAUAAACUUCUGUAUAUUCUGUAUCAUAAGGAAACUUUUUUAUAUGUCAUCAAUUUACAGUUACAAUAAAUAAUUUAAGAAAAAUUAAAAA